AUGAGCAGACGCUGUCGUCCUCGUCGUCAUGGCCUGCUGCUGAGUGUAGCCAUCCUCAGCCUCACGCUCCUCUCGAGCGCGGACGAUGCCGGCAAACUGCCUGCGACGCCUGCGGUCCUACUGCCAGAGCCCUACGAACAACCUACACCCGCUGACCGAUUCUCGAUCGCAGUGUGGUCCCAAGCGCUGCUCGCGACUGCCCUCGUGGGUACAGCUCCAGUGCUCGUCUUGCUGGCUGUCCCGCUCGGCACGGGGAACUCGCACACGCAGCAGUCGCUCCUGCGCGUGUUCCUGAGCUUCGCGGCCGGCGGCUUACUGGGCGACGCGCUGCUGCAUCUGCUGCCCCACUCCCUCCCGGCGACAACAGGGGGGAUCCUGAGCUUCCUCCUGCUCGAGAAGUUUGUGCGGGCACAGAGCGGUGCAAGCACUGGCCACUCGCACGGCCACUCGCACGCUCCGUCGGCGUCGGUGCAGGACGGCACUGCCGUCGCGACGAAGGCCACGACCGCGCGAAAGCGCUCGCAGUUGAAAGAGGGAAAAGACGGGUCGGACAUUGUCGAGGAGAAGGAGCUGGUGGUGCCAGCGCAGGAGCAGAAGAAGCAGAAGACGACGUCGAAACCGGUGGCUGCUGCAGCGUACCUCAACUUGGCGGCAGACUUUUCGCACAAUUUCACUGACGGCUUAGCAAUUGGCGCGACGUUUGUCCGUGGAAAGGGCUGGACGACAACAGUGGCCAUGUUGCUGCACGAACUGCCGCACGAGAUUGGCGACUUUGCGAUCCUCAUCCAGUCAGGCUUUACGCGACGUGAGGCGAUGGCCACGCAGCUCGUGACGGCUGUUGGGGCGAUGAUUGGCACGGUCAUUGGGUUGCUCGUGGAAGGCGCGGGCGAGUCCAAUGCUGCGUGGAUCUCUCCGUUCACUGCUGGUGGCUUCAUCUACAUUGCCUGUGCGAGCGUCAUGCCGGAGCUGUUGGCGGACUGCUCCCUCGCUCAGUCGCUGAAAGAGGCAGCCGCCAUGUGUGCGGGCAUUGGACUCAUGGCGCUCAUUGCGCUCAAUGAGUAG